GGGACGUCAGUGUCAUGGCGAGCUCCAUCUGAAGUCUGCGCGGUCCGAGAGCGGCGAGCCUCUUUUAGGACUGGUUUGUUAUUUCGCGACUCCUGGACUCAUCUUUCAAGAGGAUUUGAGACUAAUUGCAGAUAAUCAAGAAGAUGCCUUCUGCAUCCUGUGAUACACUACUGGAUGACAUAGAAGAUAUUGUGUCACAGCAAGACUCAAAGCCACAAGAUAGGCAUUUUUCAAGAAAGCACAUUGUUCCAAAGGCCCGAAGGCGAAAUACCCAAAAAUGUUUGCAAGAGGAAGAUAGUCCACCAAGUGAUAGCACUAUUCCAGGCAUACAGAAAAUUUGGAUACGAACAUGGGGUUGUUCUCAUAAUAAUUCAGAUGGAGAAUAUAUGGCUGGACAACUAGCUGCUUAUGGAUAUAAAAUUACAGAAAAUGCAUCAGACGCAGAUUUAUGGCUCCUGAAUAGUUGCACUGUAAAAAACCCAGCGGAAGACCACUUUAGAAAUUCAAUUAAAAGAGCUCAAGAGGAGAACAAGAAGAUAGUGCUGGCUGGAUGUGUUCCUCAAGCCCAGCCGCGCCAGGACUACCUGCAAGGACUGAGUGUCAUAGGGGUUCAACAGAUAGAUCGUGUAGUAGAAGUUGUGGAGGAAACAAUUAAAGGUCACUCUGUGAGACUGCUGGGUCAGAAGAAGGAUAAUGGGAAACGGUUGGGGGGAGCACCGUUGGAUUUGCCGAAGAUUAGAAAGAAUCCACUGAUAGAAAUCAUUUCCAUCAAUACUGGGUGUCUCAAUGCUUGUACCUACUGCAAAACUAAACACGCCAGAGGAAACUUGGCCAGUUAUCCAAUUGAUGAACUAGUAGACAGAGCCAAACAGUCUUUUCAAGAGGGUGUUUGCGAGAUAUGGUUGACCAGUGAAGACACAGGGGCUUAUGGCAGAGAUAUUGGCACUGAUCUCCCCACACUGCUGUGGAAGCUGGUUGAAGUGAUUCCUGAGGGAGCAAUGCUGAGGCUGGGCAUGACAAAUCCGCCCUAUAUUUUAGAGCAUCUGGAGGAAAUGGCGAAAGUCCUUAAUCACCCCCGUGUGUAUGCUUUCCUGCACAUACCGGUGCAGUCCGCCUCGGACGCCGUGCUCAUGGCAAUGAAGAGAGAAUACUGCGUGGCUGACUUCAGGAGAGUGGUGGAUUUUCUGAAAGAGAAAGUUCCUGGAAUAACUAUUGCUACAGAUAUUAUCUGUGGUUUUCCUGGAGAAACGGAUCAAGAUUUUCAAGAAACAGUGAAACUUGUUGAAGAGUACAAAUUUCCAAGCCUCUUUAUUAACCAGUUUUACCCAAGACCAGGAACUCCUGCUGCAAAAAUGGAACAAGUUCCAGCACAAGUGAAAAAGCAAAGAACAAAAGAUCUUUCUCGGGUAUUUCACUCUUACAGUCCGUAUGAUCAUAAGAUUGGUGAAAGACAACAAGUGUUAGUAACAGAAGAAUCCUUUGAUUCCAAGUUUUAUGUUGCACACAAUCGAUUCUAUGAGCAGGUUUUAGUGCCAAAGAACCCCACAUUCAUGGGGAAAAUGGUCGAAGUGGACAUUUAUGAAUCCGGAAAGCAUUUUAUGAAAGGGCAGCCAGUAGCAGACGCCAAAGUCUACACACCAUCCAUCAGCAAACCAUUAGCCAAAGGAGAAGUCUCAGGCUUGACCGCGGAAUUCAGAAGCAGGCGUGGGGGUCCCCUGAGCUCCAUGUCCCAGCGCGACUCGGCGGGUUCCAGAGUGGGGCUGCGGCUGCGAAGCCUCCGUCAGGACGGAGCACUGACGGUGUCUGUGGGCCUCGCCCUCUUUGCUCUUCUUUUGGCUCUUUUUGUCAAGCUCUAUAAUUAAAACACAACUAAAUGAAACAUCUGCGAAGAAGAAUAAAUUCCUAAUUAAAGUCUUCAGUGAAGAGGAAGCAACCACAUCAGUUCUCAAAGGGCAGUCAUUUAUACUGGCCUCCUGGCCGCCUUUUAGCCACACUUUUUGAUGAAGCUCACCCUGUCUCACGUGGAGUGGGGCCCACUGGUUAUUUGAGCUCAAACUUCAUAACAGCUGCCAUAGCCUGUCUUUCACAUUAAGCUCCUUUUGGUUUAUUUUUAGCAAGAAAUGCAAGUGGCUGCAUCGUCUUUAAAUCGUCAAUCUUCAGGUCAGAACCUGACAUACAGGAGUGGGCCUGGUCACCUCUUCCUUAUGUGAGAAGACUUUUCAACCUUUAAUAAACAUUUUUAAAUGCAUCUCCUUCUUUAUGCUUUGUCCGAAGUCCUGAUGCUACAGAUAUCUUAUUUCUCGCAGCAGAUGUGUUCCUGAAAAGUUUAUAGCAAAGCCUACUUUUGGAUCUUCAAUCCUUUCGGAAUGUGUGGGGGAGGGGGAUGGCUGGACGACUCUGCCAUUGAAAGGACUCUCUGCAGCGGUGGAGAAGUAAGGAAGUACCCAGUUCCUUAGCGCCCAUGCACUUUCAAAAACGGGAUUAGUCCAGUUCACACUGUGCCCCUUUUCGGACAUUUUUGCUUGAUUGCAUCAGAGGUUUAUUUCUACCUGCCAUUGUUGACCUUUACUGAAGGAAGUGGCUUCUUUCAUAAUGAAAGGAAUUGGCGUAAUAAGAAAUCAUCAGAAUUUGAAGAACUUAUUUGGAUUGUAUCAGCACAGGGAAAUCAGGUGCCCUGUGAUUACCAUAGGACAUUUUUCCUCUUUAAACCCACACCCUGUUCAGCUCUUCCCUUUAUCACAAAAAUGUUUCAGCCUUUUAUGUGUCUUGUAAGGAAUCCAAAUUAAAAUUUAAUUAUGUCA